UCAUAUCAUAAAAAGAAAGAAAGAAAGAAAUAAUAGUUCGUCGUUUUAAAGUUAUGGUAUCCAUCUACGCUCUAUCCGGGCUCCUUUGUAUUUCCCUGUUUGCAAGCUUCACUAAUGCAAGAAAAGAUCCAGGGGCGUACCUGCUGCAAGAUUUCGGCAAAGUUACAUCCACAAUCUCCAACGAAGAAAUCGACUGUCAUGCUUUAGGUAAAGCAUCGACACCUAAACCUAAGACUUCUUACACGAAAGAGUUUGAGCCGAGGCCAAAUAUCUCAGCAUACACAGACGAUGAAAAAACAGACGAGAAUAAAUCUUUCGUUAAAGACUUCGAGCCGAGGCCUAAUAUCUCAGCAUACACAGAUGAUGACAAAACAGAGGAGAAUAAAUCUUUCGUUAAAGACUUUGAGCCGAGGCCUAAUAUCUCAGCAUACACAGACGAUGAAAAAACAGAGGAGAAUAAAUCUUUCGUUAAAGACUUUGAGCCGAGGCCUAAUAUCUCAGCUUACACAGAUUAAGCAGAAUGUUUCGGUUUAUCGAGAGUACGGAAAGUAAGAUAAAUGCGUAUAUCUGCAUUUGAUAAAUAAAGGUUUGGGUGCGUUAUUGUGUGUAAUUGUAUUGUAUGCGCCCGAAUACGAGUUGCGUGAUACUAUUAUGGUGUGACUGCAUUUAAUUUAUGCAUGUAAUGUGUAUCCAAUCAAUGUAACAUAUAUGAUCUUUAUAAGAGUGAAGUUUCUUGAAA